AUGAAGAUGUCCUGCGAGGAACAAGGAGUCCUGGAGUCCUGCUCACCUCCCGCUGGGACACUUGAAGACCGAGCAAUCUCCUUUCUUGAUGGCCGCCAUGACAUCGUCCAAGUGACCGCUCACAGCGCUCGCCAUGCUCGGGUGGAGCCUAUAAUAAAUUAUAUAAAACGUAGGGAGAGCAGAGGUGUGAGACUGGAGAGCCGCCUUAAGAUCCGUGAGAAAGUGGUUCCAGGAGAAGAGAACGGUACCUGUGCUGGGAGUUGCGCUGGAGCCGAUGAGUUAUGCCGUUUUCACUCGGAGUCUUCCCUGGAGAGAUCUCUUCAAAUAUGGAGGUACAUUUUCUAUUUCACAUCAUUGAAUCAUUCUCUUCCUUAUAAAGCGAGGGACGACUUUACCGAGCAACGAGUUCUCCUUCUGUUUUCACAACUUGUCUUUCUUCAAACCGAGGGAAAAAAAACAAACAAACAGAAAAUGAAUUCGAAACAUGAAACAUUUUUGUGCCAGUCGAGGUUUCAUUCCCGUUAA